AUGACGACCUUCGACGUGUUCUGCCUCCUGACGGUGAUUGACAUGCGCGAGGCCGAACUGGAGGCUGCGGAAGCCGCCAAGCAGGCGCACCUUAGCGCGCAAGCCACUCCAGUCACCCAAACCGCUCAAACCGCUCAAUUCAUCCAGAGCCACCUGUCAACUAAUACGACUGCCGAUUUAGGUGACUCUGCUAAGGGCGCCAAGCUCUUCCAGACCCGCUGCGCUCAGUGCCACACUCUCGGUGCUGGUGAGCCCCACAAGGUCGGCCCCAACCUCCACGGUCUCUUUGGCCGCAAGACCGGUCAGGCCGAUGGCUACGCCUACACCGAUGCCAACAAGCAGGCUGGUGUUACCUGGAACGAGGACUCCCUGUACACCUACCUCGAGAACCCCAAGAAGUUCAUUCCUGGCACCAAGAUGGCCUUCGGUGGCCUGAAGAAGGCCAAGGAGCGCAACGACCUGAUCACGUUCGUUUUUGUCCCCUCCUUCUGCAUGUAA